AUUAUAGGGGUUGAUCCAUUUGGCUCCAUACUUGCAGAACCUGAGUAUAUAAAUGAAACCGAAAUAACUUACUACGAUGUUGAGGGAAUUGGAUAUGAUUUUAUCCCUACUGUCCUUGACCGCAGUCAUGUUGAUGAAUGGGUAAAGGUUUCUGACAAAGAAUCUUUUAUAAUGGCUCGCAAAUUAAUCAAGCGUGAAGGUCUUCUUUGUGGAGGCAGCUCGGGGGCUGCCAUGUGGGCUGCCUUAGAAACAAUAAAAAAGUCAAGCAUGGGAGCAGGAGAGCGAGUUGUCGUCAUUCUACCUGAUACAGUGAGAAAUUACAUGUAUGCACUGGUACUUUCUUUACAAUAA